CUUUACCAAAAAGUCGAACAACAAAGUGCUGCACGAUCCACGGUAAUCCGCACGCGUCGUCCGUCUACGCAGAGCCUGUUACACAAUUCACCAGCUUCUCGUCGUUAGUGACUGAACGUUUCAAGGUGAAACCACGCUCCCGGGUUACGUAUCUCGCGCGUUCGAUUCGAGUCGGGGCUCCCAGCUCCGCGUGUUAUUGUGCCAGAGCGAGGAUAUAUCUCGAUCGCGGGUCGGGUGACAUUUACGCGAUCGCUGUCGAAUUCGCUGGUGUCACCUUUCACCUUUCGCCCCUGGGAGUCACGAGUCCUCGGUUCUUUCUGUGUCCCACGGAAUUUUAUUAUCUUCGCUCGUUGUUUUCUCCACCAACGUAUCCCGGGGAUGCGGAGAUCGUCGGUCGACCCUUCGUUAUUCUUCCGUGAUCCAUGUACCGUCUUUUGUCCUUUGACAGCCUUCGACCAGGCUGAAUCUUGAAGGGGGUUCAAAAGAUGUCGCGGAAAGAUUAUAGGUGAACCCCCGUUUUACGUGGAACGUUUGCCCUUAUUUGUGCGGCACGUCUCUCGAAGGAGCCCGUCGAGAGGGAGGCGCCGCGCCGUAAGGUUAAUUCUUCCCACUCGUUCUCUCGUGCUCUCUCUCUCUCUCUCUCCCUCUCUCUCUCUCUUUCCCUUUGUAAGACUCUAUUUUUGGGCCGGUGCGCCGACCGUGGAAAAGGAUGACUCGUUCGGGAAACAACGAGACAGCAGCGUACACCUGUGCUGAUGCAAUUCGCGACAUCAUCGGCGAUCCUUGCUAGCGGAGAUGACCGUGCUCACGCCGGUGUGUCUCCCGCUCGGUGUCCGCGCGACAUUCGAGAGGAUUACGCCGCGCUUACGGCCGUGUCGGUGAUCAUUACAUCAGAAAUUUCUCUCUAUCCCUGGCCCGUGAAUAGACAGAAAACACCGGUCCACCAUGGCGUUCGCGGGGUUGAAGAAACAGAUUAACAAGGCCAACCAGUACAUGACGGAGAAGAUGGGCGGUGCGGAAGGAACUAAGCUCGACGUGGACUUCAUGGACAUGGAGAGGAAAACGGAUGUCACGUACGAGCUUGUCGAGGAGCUGCAAAUGAAAACGAAAGAGUUCCUGCAGCCGAACCCGACCGCGAGGGCAAAGAUGGCGGCGGUCAAGGGCAUCAGCAAGCUCAGCGGUCAAGCGAAAGCUUCGACCUAUCCGCAACCGGAAGGUGUCCUCGGCGACUGCAUGCUCACCUAUGGCAAGAAGCUCGGAGAAGACAGUAUUUUUGCUCAGGCACUGAUCGAGAUGGGCGAGGCAAUGAAGCAGAUGGCGGACGUGAAAUAUUCGCUGGACGACAACAUUAAGCAGAACUUCCUCGAGCCCCUGCACCACUUGCAAACCAAAGAUCUGAAGGAAGUGAUGCACCACCGGAAAAAACUUCAGGGACGAAGGCUCGACUUCGAUUGCAAGCGAAGACGCCAAGCGAAAGGAUCUCACGUUUCAGACGACGAGAUACGCCAGGCCGAGGAGAAGUUCGCGGAGAGCCUGCAUCUGGCGCAGUUGGGCAUGUUCAAUUUGUUGGAAAAUGACUGUCUCAUUCAGGUGGAACAAGUGGCGCAACUGGCAACAUUCAGUGAAGCGCUCUUGGACUACCACCAGCAGUGUACCGAGGUCUUGAGAGCACUAACAGAGACGCUUUUGGAGAAGAAGGAUGAAGCAGCAAACAAACCAAAAUUGGAGUUCGUGCCGAAGACUCUAGCCGACCUGCAGGUUGAUGCAAUAUCGCAAUCAGAUGCCAUGAACGGUGGGAACUACAACCUUCACGGGGCAAGUCGAGCCGGGUCUCCAGUCCCUGGGGACGGGAAGCGCUCACAGCUCGAGCUAUUUCCGGCCGGAAAUCCGCCACAAUCUGCCAAUGCUUCUCCUUUGCCAUCUCCAAGUAAAUCGCCGGCAAGGACCCCGAUGCAAAGACAACCUUGCUGCACAGCUCUGUACGAUUUUGAGCCAGAGAAUUCAGGGGAGCUUGGGUUCAAAGAGAACGAUACGAUCACUCUGAUCCAAAAGAUCGACGAGAACUGGUACGAGGGCAGCCUGAACGGUCGCACGGGUUUCUUCCCAGUAACUUACGUGCAAGUCGUAGUGCCAUUACCUUAAGAGAACAUGCUACGCCCCGUAAACCAAAGACCCUGUAUUCGUUCACCAGCGUCUACCACGAGAAAAAUUAUCUUAACGCCUCCAAUUAGCCUAACUCUCUCUCUCUCUCUCUCUGUCUCUUUCUCUCUCUCUGUCUCUCUCCAUCUCUCUAUUCAAGACUUCUCUAUUGUCAUUUACGUUCUAUGGUCCCGAGGCUUGUUCGUAUAUGACGGAUUUCAAAGGUUUUCUCUGUUCGUUUUAAUUAUUUUUCCAUUUUCUCUCGAUCUCUGUCUCUCUAUUUCUAUCUCUAUCUCUAUCUCUCUUGUCCCAGAAAUAGCUGUAUACGCAUGUUAAUGUACAUAUAUAAUGUUAUAGUGUCUUUUAUCGACGUAAGGACCCUCGCGCGCGUACACAAUACAGACACACAUGCACACGCGUACCAGCAUACAGAAGAGACAGACAAACAGACAUACACACGAAUAGAUACACACAGAGAGAUGUAUACAUUGGAUACGACGAAGAACCAUACUGAUAUAUACCGAGACACUUAAAGUACCUACGAUGGCAGUCCACUGUCAAACGGCGGCUCAUUUUUCACGUUCGAUGUCGUUUCAUAGUCAUGAUGUAACAUCCUCGUUAGUUUCUCACCAAAGGUUCAAUUGCACAAAGAUAUCAGACCGCCAAGACUGCAUUGAAAUCCGAGUAGAGCAAGGACAUUUCGAAUACUCUUGUACCAUCGAGCAUGUUUGAGUUCCGUCAUUCAUCGGCGUAUCGUUAGAGAAUCUUUUCGUUUCGUUAGUAUGUCUUUUCAGUUUGUCGUCGAUCAAAUGUUUGUUCAUCGUUUCGUCGGAUCGGUGUCCGCAUCGAUCGCCAUCUUUUCGUAAAAUUUCGUUCACGUUCGAGAGAAACGAGUCCCUCGAAUCGUGAAGUGCGUUUUCUUCGGUUGGUUCGUAGAUCGAGAACGCGUUUAUUAGUUGAUAGUGUAUUCGUUCCUUCAUUCCCCGGGUAGUCUUAACGUUUAGCCUUCUCCAUUUCGUUGAAUUGUUUAGGUCGACACCGAGUUCAGAACCGGUUUAGUUCAAGCAAUCUUCAAACGUGGCGGCGAAUCUCUUUCACGAAGUCGAAGCAAACAGCGAACGGCUUGAUCCUCUGAUUCGGUUCAUUUCAGUUGGAUAAUUGAUUUCGUCGCAGGAUCGCGGCCAGGAUCGCGUCGGAGAUCGUACGUCAUGCUAGAUCAUUCGUAGGCCAUAAGCUUGAUCAAUUAUAGCCGGUCACGAGAUCCGUUUCGAGAUGAAGUUAGCGCGAUCAUCUUCUUAUACUUCCCCAUUACCACCAAUCCGCCCCUUUGAAUGAUCACACGCUGAACGAAGAUUUUCUUCCACGAUGCCGCUGAUCCCAUUCCACAUGUUCUGAAACAGAGAAUCUUUUUGUGUCGGAAUUAGAGUAUUAUUAUUAUUCGUUCGUUCGUUCGUUCGUUCGUUCGUUCCCCUUCAUUGACUUUGUACGAGAGUUCAACCGCCAGAACAAUGAAAGUAAUUAAGGAAAUUGGUUAUUUGUUGCCACAUGGAUUUUAGGUAAAUCUUCAACAAAUAUUUGCUAAGCAUAAUAUAGUAAUGUUAGAGUAUAUAUAUGUAUAUAUACAUAUACAUAUACAUAUACAUAUACAUAUAUAUACACACGCAUAUAGAUCUAUACACGUGCGAAGGGUGAACUAAUAAAAACCGUCGGUAUAGUUAAUCUCGAAACCGCCGCAGAGUUGCCGAACAAUUUAUCGAAUAUGAGCCGCGCGGCACCGUAAAAGGCGAUAUAAACGGCGAUCAUAAUUAGUCCACACGCGGCGUCACUUUGGAUAUUCGAAGGUCGACCGAUGUCGUUCGCGAUGUCGCGAGCAUAUUCGAUGAAAAAUAUCUUUUUCCACGAGGCGCACGUUCGAAGAACCUACGUUUCAGGAAAUUCUCAGUUUACGGAACGUUGCCACUAAAAGUAUUGCUACCGUUGUAUACGCGAUUGCAAGGUGAUCCGGAAACAGUUGCGAUCACCGUAAAGUUGCCUUCUUCUGUAAGUCUCAUUCGGCAACUUGUUCGCCGACUUUCGCGGUUCAUUAGUAUCCAUUAGUUUUCGUUGGUUCGCGCACCGCACGUGUGCAUUUACGUAUAUGUUGCAGCAAUAACGCUGAUGGCCGUAACAAUGGUAUUAUUAUUAUCGACAUUUGCAUAUUUUUCCAUUGCCGUCGAGUCCAUUCACUGGGCGAGAAUCAACGUUCUCGGCACCAAUGCGCCCUGAAUCGCUACGAGCUCGGCUCCGCGUAACGUUCUCCAACAUUCCUACAAUGUUCUGGCAGCGUUUCGAUUUAACGGCGACGAAUAGUAGGAGUUCUCAAUGACGACCGUGGGUUAGUUGUACCGAUUAACCCUUGGACGGCGAACCAUUUUCGCAACUAUACAAUUGACAAUGUUCACAACAAUUCUGUGCUUUAUUCAACAAUGUUUCUAAUCAUAUUUUCAAAGAUAUUCCACAUUUAUAUGAAAUACAGCCGUUUAUUUCAUUUAAUUGUCGAAAAUUGAUUAGUAAGGAGACCAUUUCAGUAAAUCGGGUCACAAAAGACCCGGUAAUCGCAGGCCGAGGGUUAAGGGUACCAACGAUACCGUAACGCGGAUCGAACGAUGUUAUUGAACAGUUGAACUCGUUAACGUUGCACUAGUUAUAUUUAAUAACGUUUUCUAUGAGUUAGUCGCAAUUACUAUGAUCUCUAGCAGCGUACGUCAGCGAGUCGUACGAUGGAUUUUUCAUUUCCUGCGCGACGCAUCUCGAUCGAAAGGUUGUCAACGACGUUCACCGGGCAGUCGAGAACGGGCCGCGGCGGUUCAUUUCGCGAGGACAGAAGCAAAAGUCAGCAGACUAAUUACUAUUGGCCGAUAUCCUUGAUCGUUGCUGCUGUUACCGUCAUCAGCGUUCGCUCACCAUGAAAUGGAUCAGAAAAAACUAAAAGAAACAGAAAAAGUAAAAAAAAAGAAAGAAAGAAAAGAAGAAGAAGAGAAUUAUGAAUAGGAGAUAAAAAGACAUUGAUAAAUCCAUUUAUUGUAAUUAUCGUGGAUCACGAACUUUUAUUCCUGAGACAAACUCGAAGUGUUAUCGAUGUUGUGCAAUAUUAAAGUUUAACAUCAUGGUGUUUAAAGCCUGUUGUCGUGAUCGCUGGUUGCUCAGUGUUUCUCAAAGCCCCGUGGUCGAUGGGGAGGUACGUGUCAAUUGAUGAAUAAAACGUUAGUGUCCUUUCGGUCAGGUCCCAGCGGCGAGACGAACACGCUUUCAGGCACGGCUUCCGUUGGAUUCGCACGAAAAGCCAGUGAAACAUUGAAACGCGGUGCAAGAACAAGGUCUGGUCGGGGUCUGGUCAAACGACGUGGAAGUACGAUGAAAUACUAUAAUAUCUCUGUAAGCGCGUGUCGAGGUCAGGGCCUGUCCCAGACUUUAAUACCUGAUCAAACGAUGUGGUCGAGUCAAAAGCGCCAUGGACCUACUGUGAAAUUCUAUAAUACCUCUGCAAGGAUGUUGCAAGUUCAACAUGGGACCUGAUCGGGGCCCGAUCGAUGACUUCGACACGCGAGCAAGCGAUGUACAGCGUAAAACGUCGCGGUUCCACGGUGAAAUUCUACCUCUGGAAGCAUAUUCCGAAGUCAGCGCCUGUCACGACAAUCCAGACCUGAUCGGAGCCUGAUCGGAGCCUGAUCGGAGCCUGAUCGGGGAUUGAAACAUGCGACCAAGCAAUGUCGAGCCGGAAGCGCCGCGUUCUCGCCGUUUCUCGCUCGAAGUAACGCAGGAGGCUGUCGUUCUCGUGAUCUCCCCUCCGUCUGAGCGACCAGCACAUUCGGAGAACGUAGCAUUAGCGAAACUAGGUGCCAUACAAGCGUUCCUCGUGAAUCUCGAGAUUCGUCGACGUUCGAAACAGACGGGAAACGUUAGAGAGUAGUCGCUAGCGACGUAAACAACGAUCCCAAUCGGUAGCUGCACGUUCUCCCAAAUGCGAUCGCUCGCCAGAAAGUUCGUCAAUUAAUAAGAAUACGAGAAUCGGCGGAUUGCGGGUCCUAUCUUUGAUGAAGACGGCGGUUGCAAUGUUUGGGGAUGCUGUAGGGAGCUUGUGCGAAGCAGACUUGGAGACUAAUUAGAUGGCGCGUGAGAUUUAAGUACUCUUUUGUACAGUAUUCGAGGAAACGGAGCAACAGAAAGUAUCAUAGCGGUCAUUUGAUGUAUUUGGUCGACCCUUGAGCGGAUUAGUCGAACUUAGACUGCGGAUCUUCGUGCGUAAAUAUUUUCUGUACGGAUUGCAAGAAGUGCAAGCUGUAUGGAAGUUCCUUUAAAUAAUUGUGACAAGUAGACGGCGGAUGUUUAUCGAAACUAGAAAUUGUCCAAGUCGAUUUUAAGAAACAGAAAUUGCGAAAUAAUCGAGUCGCUUCUUUGAAUCGUUUCAGUGGAUUAGAACUACCAAACCAGUGAAAAUGACUAGUUUCUGAUUUUUUCAUUUACAGUUCCAGAUAUUGUAAAAAUAUUUUUCGGAGAAAUUCUUAGGUACACGUCUUUAUUGAAAUAUAUAUUAUAAUAUGAAUUAUACAAAGUUUAAAGAUUAAAUAGAUUCACAUCGAGGUAUAUAUUAUAAUAUAAAUUAUACGAAGUUAAAAUAAAUCCAGUUUUUUGGCAUUGUUACAAAAUAAUAUAAAUUAGUCGCUCGUUUAGGGCUGGGUAGUUCUAGCGUUAAGUUCUUCUUAUAUUAUUCGCGAGUCCGCAGUUUAGUAAUAAGAUGUUCUUAGAUUUUGUUCUCACAUUUCAUUGCCAGCUAAAAAAACUAGUUUCCUGCGAUUUUAUUUUUGCACCUCAACUUCAACGAAACAGACCGCUGUAAACACAUGAAAAUCCACAGUUUACGUCUCGAAAUCACUUCUCACUCGGCAAUUCGGUGAAACCGAAUGUCAAACGAACGCUUCGCUCCAUUGCAAUUUCGAAAUUCAUUUCGCAGGCUCGCUCAAGGGAUAAAGUACUCACUAAAAUGAACCGAAAGCGACGCAACAGCCAUAAAGUCUCACCGUUGCGGUAAUCGUGUGCUCACGUAUGGUUCGAACGAGAGUCCAGCAAUUUUGCGUCCACGUGAAAACGAUAGCAAUAUAACUAUAAGAACGGUGAAAUAUUUUUCCUCGAGCAGAGGGGAUCGGCGUCCCGAUCGUUUGAGAAACACUGCGCCCGGUGUACCGUGAUCGAGAUAAGAAACCACAAGCAAACAAAACAAAACAAACAAAAAAGAAAGAAACUGCGAAAAAAAAGAGAAAAGAAAAAGGAGGGAGGACAGUUUUGCCGCGUGAUAACGUUUAAUUUCUGAAGCGACUCCUUCAUCGGAAGCGAGACAACAAAAAUCGGCGAUCGACGAUCGUGGAAUAAAAAGAACUAAGCGAACAAAAAAAAAUCGAAAAACCCACAAAAAGGAAAUAAACACAGAGAAACGAAUGAGAUGAAAUGAUCUAUAAAUGAAC